AAAGGUGUUCAAAAAUAUACCAAAAUUAACUUUAAGUUACAAUUUUUCGCCCAAAAAAUAGUUGUUUACUUAAUUUAUUUAACAUAUAUACAAAAAAAGUCGUGAAAAUAAUUCAAAUAGUUUUAAAUUUCGAAAGUGUAGUUUUAUAAUUUAUUUCUUUUCACAUUUGUUUAAACAGUCCAAAUAAGAGUUUUAGAAAAAAAAAACACACACACACAAUGGCACAUUAUACAAAUCCAGCGUUUGAAAGUGAAUUUUGUCCGCGAAUGAGUUCUUUAACAUCGAUUGAAGCAAAUAGUGAAAUUAAUCUACCGCGAAGUGAAAUUUUACAUUUGGCUCAACGAAGAAAUUGGACAAAUCGACCAAGAAAUUUUCAAGGUACAAAUCAACGAAUCCAAAAGGUUCAACAACGAAGUCUACCACCAAAACCCGGUCCAAAACCAAAUCAUUAUGAUUUUCAUAUUGGUUCGAAAGAACAAUUGUCAAAAUGUCACAAUACAAGCAUGCAAUUCAAUACAAGCGGUUAUGCAUUGGUGCCACUCGAAGAUCUGCCCAGUUCAAGUAAAGAUCGUUAUGCAAUUUUACCAACAACCGAACUAAAUAUGAUGCGCAGUAGUAGUUCAUUGCGACUAACAAAAAGUCAAGAUAAUUUGGAUUUUGUUCAUGAUGAAGAAGAUAGUUUUAUCAGUUUGCCAGCAAUUCAAGAACCACAAGAGAAUGAGAAAAAAUUAAUUUCCGCAUUUUCAUCGGAUUUUAUAAAUAAAUCAAUGAUAUUGGUCGAUCAAAAUAGUCAACAACGAUACACAAUUGUACCAACCGAUGAUGAUGAAGAAGUUGUUGACACAAAUCAUGAAAUUAUUGAAAUGCAUAACGGUCGCCUUCAUCGAUAUGCGGUCAUUCCAACCGAUGACGAUGAUGAAAAUGGAAUCAUAAAUCAUGUCACCAAUGUUCAUUCAAAUGUACACCAUCAAAAUUCACCGUUAAAAAUGUGCACGAAUAAACAGCGACUUACAACGGUAGCCGAAAAACAACAACAACAACCAAAAAUUCAAUCAACAUUGGCAAGCCGUGAACAUUUAAACACUACAAUGGAGUACAAUGAAAGCAGAGAAAAUCAAAUGAGAACCAACUAUCAAUCAUUAAAAUCAUUGAACUAUAUGCCAAGAACACCGACCAAAAAUCCAAUUGCCACACAAAAACUACAUGAACUAUUGUCGACACCACGCAAAAAUCAACAAGAAACGCUUCAACGUCAAGCCAGUUAUCAGACAAUCGUUCAAAAAUCACCAAAUCAAUUUCAACUACAAAAUAUUUACGCAACACAAGAACAACGAACGAAUUUUACACCACAAAAGCUAAAAUAUGAAAAUAAACAAAUCCAUUCGCAAAGUAUUGAGCAAAGAACAACGGCUAUUAUAUCGCCACGACUUCAUCAGCAAUCGGUUUAUAUGGAAUCAACGAUGGAUGGCGAAAAACCUUGGCCCCAUGAAAGUUUCCAAAAAGUCGAAAAUGCAACCGCUACCAUCGCAGUUAUUUCACUCAUGUUAAUUCUCACCGGUGUCUUAAAUUCAGGACUAUGUUUAUAUAUGGUCACCGAUAUGAGACGAUCUUAUUAUUUGGAUUUGGGUAUCAUAUCGGGUUUUGCGUCUGCCGCGCUUGGUGCUAUGGGCUUUAGAUCACGACAGUGUUAUUGGCUGCCAAAUCGCAAUUACAUAUCAGGCUAUGUUUUGGUGACAAUUUUCUCAUUACUCAACUGUUGUGGUCUUGUUGCUUUGCUUGGAUUGAAUCCAAUCCCCGGAACACCGUUCCAUGAUUUAAUAACAGGUGUUGUUCUGGCAUUAUCAUCGCUAAUCGUAUUACUGAUCAGUUUGGGUGUCAUCACAUCCAAAUGGUGUAUUGCACCACCGCCAGACAAUCGAGUCGACGUCUUUUAGGAUUUGAUAAUAUAAAAUUCAUAGGAUAAUUGCUGGCUAUAUCCUCUUAAAAUCAUUUCGUUCUUUUAUUUAAAUA